UUAACUAAGAUUUGCUUAUAAUUUUUUUAUUAGCUCUUAAACCGCUAUUGGCGUUCAUAAAAAAUGUUAACCUUUUUCUUUUUAAUUUGUUUUGGUGGUAUUAUAACGACCAAUUCUGGAGUGUUCACAUCUUUUAGACUUGUGCCUGAUAUCAUAACGACGACCUCGGUGGCGCAGUGGUAAGAUUCUUGCCACUGAACCGAGAGGUCCCGGGUUCGAUCCCCGGUCGGGUCAUGAUGGAAAAUGAUCUUUUUCUGAUUGGCCCGGGUCUUGGAUGUUUAUCUAUAUAUGUAUUUGUUAUAAAAUAUAGUAUCGUUGAGUUAGUAUCCCAUAACACAAGUCUCGAACUUACUUUGGGGCUAGCUCAAUCUGUGUGAUUUGUCCUAAUAUAUUUAUAUUUAUUUAUUUAUUAUAACAAAAGCACCGCCAGCUUUAUCGAUUGUAAUAUUUCCAACUGGCGCAGUGGCAGCAGAAGGCAAUGUGCUGUCAAUGUCUGAAGCGGCGCUCGAACCUACGGUGUCGUGGGACUCUGGAGAUGGGCUGUUCACCGUUAUGAUGAUAGAUCCAGAUGCGCCGAUCCCCUCAGAUCCGUUCCUCCGUUCAUUCCUCCAUUGGCUGGUCAUCAAUGCGAAAAAAGGGAACGUCACCAAUGGAAACACGGUGGCACCGUUCGUUAAGCCUAGCCCUCCGCCGAUAGAGGGCCUGCACCGUUAUGUGUUCCUGGUAUACAGACAGAAGGAAUGGUUACGAGCGGAUGAUUUAUACACCUAUGCAAACGACGACCGUUUCGAGUUUUCGCCUGAAGACUUCGCGAUUAAAUACAACAUGGGUGAUCCUGUUGCCGGCAACUUUUUCAGAUUGCAACACUUUAAGAUGAACUCGCUUGGAUUGGCAUAACACAAUAAAUCUAAUAAUAUUAGGUACUUGCGUAAUGUAUUUGGGAAUACUCACCAAAAAGUGCUGCCAACCUACAGACAUAAGUAUCUUCAAGUACCUAUGCUCAUAGAUAAUAGAUAUAUGUCAAUCGUUCAUGGCACAUGAUCUUGUACCAGAUAUCGUGUCGUAUCCACCGAAGUGUUCAGUAAGUAUAACGUUCCCGUCCGGAGGAGAAGUAUUGGAGGGCAAGGAACUGCCAUUGAGUGAAGUUCAGGGCUAUCCUAUACUGUGGUGGGGCGCCAAAGAAGGGGUAUACUAUACUAUAAUGUUUUGCGACGCGGAUGCACCAUCGUCUGAAGCGCCCGUCGCUCGCUCAUUCCUCCACUGGCUGAAGAUGAACGUCAUCAUGGAUGACGUCACGACCGGAGACACCGUGGUGGAACUGACCAACUCCUACCCAGAGCCCGACACGGGCCUGCACAGAUACGUGUUCUUGGUGUACGAACAGCCUGAGAAAAUCAGAUUUUUGGACGCUUACCCCAAUUCUUCAUGUCGGGGUCGUAUGAACUUUUGUCCGGAUGAAUUCGCCGAAAAAUAUAAUAUUGGGCACCCCGUAGCUGGCAACUUUUAUCUAACAAAAAAUAUAAAUAUAUCUAAAUAAAUAUAAAAA